AUGGAGCCGUUCCGCAUGCGCAAAGAGCAGCGGCUGCGGCCCGGCACCGACCGCAGCCGGGCCGGCCGAGUGGACCCGGCCAUCAGCCGCCUGGUGGACAGGCUGAACCUGUCGGAGCGCUACUGCAGCACCAGCUCCUGCUCAGGCCGAAUACUGCUGCUGGGGGGCUCUGAUCAGACUGAAGUACAGAAACAGAACUGCUCUUGGCUAUUUGUUACUCAUCAGAAAUGUCAGAAAGAAGAUGUGAUUGCAGGGCUGCAGAAAGCACAGGACAACGCGGUGUUUAAAUUUGAACCAUUUAUUCUCCACGUCCAGUGCAGGAAGUUGGAGGAUGCACAGCUCCUGCACUCUGUCGCUAUAAACUCUGGCUUCAGGAACUCUGGAAUCACAGUUGGCAAGAAAGGCAAAAUAAUGAUGGCUGUUCGCAGUACCCAUUGUCUGGAGGUUCCUUUAUGCCAUCAAGGGAUAGUGCUGGUGAGUGAAGAGUACAUCGAUUACCUUGUGCAAGUGGCGAAUCAGAAAAUGGAGGAAAAUCAAAAGAGGAUAGAAAGGUUUUACACUGGUCUUCAAUCUGCCCUAAGUGCCCCUGUGCCUCCUGAACGGCUUGAUGAAAAUGUGAGCACAGCUGACUCUUCUUACACUCGCAGAAGAAGACAAAGAACUACGAAGAAGGAACGAGGAAAUGGAGAGCUGACAGCCCACAGCGAUAGUGAGAGUGAUCUCGCUUUUUUGAUGGGCAGCACAUGAUCACAGCUUUUUAAUCCCCAGAAUGAGUUUAAAGCGUAGUCUUUGCAUGCAGUUGGAAAGCCUGCAGGGGCUCAAACAAUAUCUCCAAAAAUAAUCUUUGCAUCAGCAAUUGGGAUAAUUUAAUCAGAGGUCUGAUGCUGUCAGUUGUGUGGGUCUCGUCUCUUUUUUGGACUAUUUUUAUGAAGUAAAUUUUAUCCCGGCUGAUUUUCUGUUUAAAAAAUGAACAUUACAUUUAAAAUGACAGGAGCUGGGUGAGACACUGACAUGUAGGAUCAUGUUGGUUGAAAAUUUCUGAAAAUAUUCAUCAGGUGAAGGAAGUAUAAGAUGGGGGUGUUUAAAUGCUGUGUGUAUAUCUUUCUCACAUUUUUCUCCAAUGUGAAUUAAAUAUUUGAAAAGGGAAAAAAUUUGCAGGGCUUUGGGGAAAGAGAACAGGAGUUGGAUGAAUUGAAUAGCUCGGUCAAAGAGUCAACACAGGCAUGAUGGUAUUGUAUUUGUCUUACUCUGCACACACAUUGCUAGCAAAACAAAGACGAGAUGGAUUUUAGCUAUCCUACAAUACACCAAAAAUUCACAUUUAUGUAGUGCCUUUAACAUGAUAAGACAUCAUAAUGUGCUUAGUGUAUUCAAAUAAAAUUUGACAUUGCACCAAAUGAGAUAUUAGGACAGGUGACUAAAAGCUUGAUUAAAGAGGUAGGUUUUAAGGAGGAUCUUAGAAGAGAGAGAGAGCUGGAAAGGUUUAGGGAGAGAAUUUGAGAAUUUGGGACUGAGGCAGCCGAAGGCACAAUGGAAUAAAGUUUAAAGUAUGACAAUUUUUUUUAAACAAUACACACUACACUGCUUCCUAGAUCAGUAUGUCUCCAGUCUGACAAGGAAGGGAGCAUUGCCUGAUUCAGUUCUGCAGUGGAAAGGGAACAAAUGGGAAAUAGUGACCGCAACAUAGGUUCAAUGCAAGAAGCAAAAUAAUCAAAUACUUUAACUGCUCAGCAAUAGAUGAUCUUCAACGAGGAAAUGGAUAGAGUAAGCAAUAUAAAAAGUCCUAGAAGGCAAAUGGGUAAGGCACAUCGAGAAAAUGUCAUUCCAUAGAUAAAGAUUGUAUUUGCACAGUGUCUUUCACAAUUCAGGGCAUGCCAAGGUGCUUCACAGCAAAUGAAAUAGAUUCUGACAGGAAUUUAAUCUUAAUUGUGCCUAACUGGACAGGCAGGUGUGGGUUGUCAGGUUUGCCACAAAGCGAGAGUAGAGUCAAAGCCCAGAGGAUUGUAAAACCGUGCCUCUGGUUUGAAUUAUAAAUCACAUUUGCUUUUUGUUUACGACACUGAGGACGUUUUUGUGCGUCUCUUUUUUUGUGAAGCAUACUAGAGAUUUGAUGGUUCACUAAAAUUCAACAAGACAGACGACUUCUUCCUAUUCCAAUUAUGGGGGUAAUUGGGCAUUUAGUGUCGGAAAUAGCAAUCCACGGAUACAACUCAGCUCCAUAACUCCAAAAGUAAAUGCUAAGGAUACUGUUUGUGUAAAGCACGUGGCCGGUGGCUAUUUAAUUCUGUCAUGAUGUUAUAAACUUAAUGUUAGCUUCUGUGCACUGAAAACUGCAUUUAGUGCUAAAUAUUUAUUUUAAUCUUAAUACUAAUAUAAGUGUCCACUUUUCUAAUGCACAUGAAGUUAUUUUUUUUCCCCAGCCCACCCAGCCUUUUGUUCCUCUGUAGUACCAGGGAUGAAGGACUUCAGUGAUGUUGAGAGACUGAAGAAGAUGGGAUUGUUCUUCUUAGAGCAGAAAAAAUUAAAGGGAGAUUUAAUAGGGUGGUGUUCAAAAUCAGGAAAGAUGUUGAUAGAGUAAAUAGAUGAGAAUUUUUACACUGCGAGUUGUCGUGAUCAGGAAUGUGCUUCCUGAAAAUGCAGAGGAUUGAAUAAUAACUUUCAAAAGGGAAUUGGAUAAAUAUUUGAAGGAGAAAAAAUUUACAGGGCUACGGGGAAAGAGCAGGGGAGUGGGGCUAACUGGAUUGUUCUUUCAAAGAGCUGGCACAGGCACAAUGGUCUGAAUGGUCUCCUUAUGUAGUAUAUGAUUCGAGCAGGACGUGAGCAUCACUUGGCAAGGCCAGAAUUUAUUCUCCAUCCCUAGUUGCCCUGAAGGUAGGGGUGGGCUGUCUUCAUCAUGAACUGGUAGUGAGUUUGAUGCAACUGUGUGGCUUGCUAGGCCCUUUCAGAGGGAAGUUUGCUAUCAACCACAUUGGUGUGGGCCUGGAGUCACAUAUAGGGCCAGAAUGAGUAAGGAUAGCAGGUUUCCUUCCCUAAAGGACCUUAUUGAGCAAGUUGGGUUUUUAGGACAAUCCCAAUAGCCUGGUGGUUACUUUUACUGAUCCCAACUUUAUAUUUCCAAAUUUUCUUAAACUGAAUUUAAAUUCUCAAAUUUAUAAUGAGACUUGAAUUUAUGUUAAACAAAAACAGAAUUACCUGGAAAA